UGGCGGGCAGGAAGUGCGGGUGCGCGCCUGCGCAUAGGUCGGGUCGGCGGUGUCACCGCUUUCGCUUCUGCUUGAGUAAUCAAGUGAAAAAAUGAGCUUCAUCUGUGGAUUGCAGUCUGCUGCUAGAAACCAUGUUUUCUUCCGAUUUAAUUCACUGUCUAACUGGAGAAAAUGUAACACAUUAGCAUCAACCUUACGGGGCUGUCAUCAAGUACAAGUUAACCAUAUAGUAAAUAAGUAUCAGGGACUGGGAGUAAAUCAGUGUGACAGGUGGAGUUUUCUGCCUGGAAACUUUCAUUUUUAUAGGACUUUUAACAACAAAAGAACAGGAGGUCUCUCAAGUACCAAAAGUAAGGAAAUUUGGAGGAUUACCAGCAAAUGUACUGUAUGGAAUGAUGCUUUUUCAAGACAGCUGCUAAUAAAAGAAGUUACAGCAGUCCCUAGUCUGUCAGUAUUGCAUCCUCUAAGCCCUGCUUCCAUAAGAGCCAUUAGGAAUUUCCAUACUUCUCCACGGUUUCAAGCUGCUCCGGUUCCUCUCUUGUUGAUGAUUCUUAAACCAGUACAGAAGUUAUUUGCAAUCAUUGUAGGCAGGGGCAUAAGGAAAUGGUGGCAGGCACUUCCUCCUAACAAGAAGGAAGUAUUUAAAGAAAAUAUAAGGAAGAAUAAAUGGAAGCUAUUCCUUGGUUUGAGUAGUUUUGGAGUGCUCUUUGUGGUGUUUUAUUUUACUCACCUGGAAGUAAGUCCAAUCACAGGAAGGAGCAAGCUACUAUUAUUGGGGAAAGAGCAGUUCAGACUUUUAUCAGAACUGGAAUAUGAAGCAUGGAUGGAAGAAUUUAAAAAUGAUAUGCUAACUGAGAAAGAUGCCCGAUACCUGGCUGCUAAAGAAGUGCUUUGUCAUCUAAUUGAAUGCAAUAAAGAUGUUCCAGGGAUCUCUCAGAUCAAUUGGGUUAUUCAUGUGGUUGAUUCCCCAAUUAUUAAUGCCUUCGUGCUUCCAAAUGGACAAAUGUUUGUUUUCACUGGAUUUUUAAAUAGUGUAACCAAUAUUCAUCAACUUUCUUUCCUUCUGGGCCAUGAAAUAGCACAUGCAGUACUUGGGCAUGCUGCAGAAAAGGCUGGCAUGGUUCAUUUGUUGGAUUUCCUAGGUAUGAUUUUCCUCACAAUGAUUUGGGCCAUUUGUCCUCGAGAUAGCUUGGCACUUUUGUGCCAGUGGAUACAGUCUAAAUUGCAGGAGUAUAUGUUUAAUAGACCAUACAGCAGAAAAUUGGAGGCCGAAGCUGACAAAAUUGGACUACUGCUUGCUGCAAAGGCUUGUGCAGACAUAAGAGCCAGUUCAGUGUUUUGGCAGCAAAUGGAGUUUGUUGAUAGCCUGCAUGGCCAACCCAAGAUGCCAGAAUGGUUAUCUACACACCCUUCUCAUGGCAAUCGAGUUGAGCACUUGGAUAGACUUAUACCUCAGACGGAGGAUGAAUGAAUGAAAGAAGGUCUGCCAGGAAGAAUGUUUCUGCUUCCUCUCUGCUCAUAUACAGUGUAGCGGCCAUGGAGGGGUACCACUCAGAUCACUCUUCAAGUGAGUCCUCUGUGGCAUGCAUGACUGACAAAUGCUCCAGCUGUCACACCUUCAGGCCCAUGGUAACUGAAUAUAGCAGGGGCACUAGAGCUGGGCCGUUCCUCCUGCACAUGAGAUGGUGUCAUGGAUGACUAUUGCAUGAGGACUCCCUGUUGACCUGGCCAAAACUUUCUUAGAACUGCACUGUAGUCACAGCUCUUCCUACUUCCUCCUCCUUCUUUCCCACUCUCCUUUCUCGCACUGCAGACCCACAUCAUGGUCUGAAGGCUCUCUCUGCCUCCUCCUGAUCCUCUCCUUUGUCAUGCACCAGAGCUUCUCCAAUACAUCUCAUGCACAGCUAAUCCCAUCUUGGUGUCUACUUCCUGAGGAAUGCUAAUGCAAAGACACAGUGACUCUGUUUUUCAACCCACACGUCUCUCACCUGGGAAAGAGAUCAAUUCUAUGAUAUCAUCAUGCAAUGGAAUACUAUAGGGCAGUCAAAAUGAACGAAUUAGAGAUAUAGGCAUCAACAUGCAUACAUCUCAAAAACAUAAUGUUGAGCAAAAACAAAAAUGUUGCAGAGUGAUACAUACAGUAUGUAACAUUUAUACAAAGUUUUAAAACUUGUGAAACAAUGUCAUAUAUAAUUUGUAGAUGAGUACAUAUGUGACAAAAGCAUAAAAACACACUAAGGGCUGGGUGCGGUGGCUCACGCCUGUAAUCCCAGCACUUUGGGAGGCCAAGGUGGGUGGAUCACGAGGUCAAGAGAUUGAGACCAUCCUGGCCAACAUGGUGAAACCCCGUCUCUACUAAAAAUACAAAAAUCAGCUGAAUGUGGUGGCACAUGCCUGCAGUACCAGCUACUUGGGAGGCUAAGGCAGAAGAAUCACUUGAACCCGGGAGGCAGAGGUUGCAGUGAGCUGAGAUCGCGCCAUUGCACUCCAGCCUGAGCACAGAGAGAGACUCCAUCUCAAAACAAACAAACCAAAAACACGCUAAUGAUAGAUAAACCCAAAUUCAGGAGAGAGGUUACCACUGGGGAGAAAAAGAAAAAUGCAAACAGGUUUUGUAUUUUACGCUGCGUGGUUGGUACACAGUUGUUCAUUAUACCUAUGCUUUUUAUAUGCCUGAGGUAUUUCAUAAUAAAAAAUUAAAACAUAUUAAAUCAUGCCCAACAAAUUGUUUCUAGUGAAAAAUAAUAAAAUAAUUUGAAAUUG